UUUCAUCAGGGAGAUGCCGAGCUGCGACUGGUCACCAUCGUCACAUAUGGUGAAGUGUGGAUUUUUACGGUGCGACGUCGUCCGCCCGACGGAGUAGGCCGGUGUGUGUGUGUGUGUUUCAUCGUAUCGGCCCGUACGCAUUUCGAUCUGCCGUAUUGUAAAAGUCGGCGAUGCGCGCACACACACAGGGACAUCCGGAAAACGCAUCCACACAUGCGCUCCUUCCAACGAUACGGGACGUACAUGUAAGCUCAACUGAGACACGCCGCACACGCAUGCAGCUUUGUCAUGGGUGCGUCAACGCGGUUGUUUCGCUAUAUUAUGCGGACGAGGCUUUGGAGGGCAGUCGUGCAAUGAGGCAAUCGGGAGUUAUUAAAUAGACUGUACUGGUACAUAUUCCGACAACAUGGCUGAUCAGAGCAACAUCCAGUCUGCCGCUUCCAAGAGUAUACGGCCGUUUAAAUCCAGCGAAGAAUACCUCUAUGCCAUGAAGGAGGAUCUGGCCGAGUGGUUGAACACCCUAUAUGACCUAGAUAUUACCGUGGACACCUUCAUGGAUGGGCUGGAGACUGGCUGUGCUCUCUGCCGGCACGCCAACAAUGUGAACCGCGCUGCGCUGGACUUCCAGCUAGAGUAUCCGGAGGCUGCACAGUCUAUGAAGCUGCCACGCAAAGAUGUGGGCUUUCAGUCGCGCAACGUGGUCCCCGGUUCGUUUCUGGCCCGGGACAACGUGUCCAAUUUCAUCAGCUGGUGCCGGCAGGAGCUCUGUAUCAAGGACGUGCUGAUGUUUGAGACCAAUGACUUGGUGGAAAGGUGCAAUGAGAAGAACUUCGUCCUCUGCCUGCUGGAGGUGGCGCGCAGAGGGGCCAAGUUUGGCAUGCUGGCCCCCAUGUUGAUCCAGCUGGAGGAGGAAAUCGAGGAGGAGAUCCGGGACCAGGAGAACCUGCGGAGUACGGGAGAAUCCAGAGAACAGAGCCCACCAAGCAGGUGCUUCAGCAGGAAGGAGAACAGCGAGAGUGCGGAGGAUGAACCUGACCCGGCACCAUUCAUUUGGCAGCAGAAAAGAGUUCUGUGUGACAUGAGAAACUUGGAUGAGUUGGUGCGGGAGAUUCUUGGCCAGUGCUCCUGUCCAGCUCAGUUUCCCAUGACCAAGGUGUCUGAGGGGAAGUACAAAGUGGGAGAUUCCAGUGCUCUGAUCUUCAUAAGGGUUCUCCGUACUCAUGUGAUGGUGCGUGUAGGCGGGGGCUGGGACACAUUAGAACACUAUUUGGACAAGCAUGACCCGUGCCGCUGCGCUGCCUUUGCACACCGCUACCACCAGGCCAAGGCCAGUGGCCAGGGCCAGGGUGGCCACAGCAAGUCCUCCAGUGCCCACUCCUCUCGCUCCACCAGCCCAGGCCCUCACUGGCGCAACGAUGGGAUCGCCCCCUAUAAACCUCCUGACAGACGCACCAUGGAGCAUUCCUCUGCCUCAUGUGCCUCCUCUUCCACACGGCUUGGCCGCUCUCACCACCCCUCUGUCCCCGAUCCAGAAUCCAAUGCUGGACGCACUCUGCUCCCCCGGCCACCACGAGACCGCUCAGAACCUCGCCACUUUAAUCCUCUCAGGAAUAAGGAGACAAUGUUGCCAGUUACCAGACGUCUAUCCGGUGACAGUGACUCCUCCACAGCCUCCUCUAAGGGAGGUGGAGGGGGGCGGUACUCUUUAGGGGGCACCCCACGUCGCUCUGGGGAAGAGGUAGUCCUGCUCGUCAACCGUAAGGAAGGAAAACAUGUGAUCGAGAGGCCUGGAAGAGGAGGACCUCAAAUCCCAGCAUUGCGCCCUCCACUGCCCCGUGCACGCAGCCAUUCUCGGGAACGCCCUAUCCCUGCCUCCACACUCAAACCUAGCCCCCCACAGGGACCCUCUGAUGGGACUCGAACCUCCCGCACAGAGAGGGGUCGCUCCCUUGGAAAUGAAGGCCCACGGAGGCUUCAGGCCCCACGCUCCCUCAGCCAGAGUAAGCUGCCCAACCGCACUCGGUGCAACGAUACAAGCCCUGGCCCCACUACCCGCUACAGAGAGCCCCAGCCUCCACCCUCAGACAGACGGGAGGAACUUCGGGUUAAACAAGUGCCCCCUUCCUCUCCAAGACUUGGGGGUGGUUUUCCCAGGAGACAGUCAUCAUCCUGCUCAAACUCACCUGUUAAAGGAGUCCAGAGCAAUAACAGCCCCACUAAAAAGACUGCAGUUACUCCCAGGCCUCCUGCUCCUCGUUCCCCCUCUGUUGGAAAAAGCAGGCUACUGCCACCUGUCUCCUCAGGAGGCCGACGUUCUCCACACUCCUCCCCUCGCAAUUCUCACCACCAUGGUCCGCGCUCCCCUCGGGCCUCCCACGGGCUUCGCACUACUGGGCGAGGUCAUCAUAGAGGGUUGGAGCACCAGGAGCCAGAGGAGGAUGGACUGGGCUUUGGCUUCCAAAUGCUGCCUACUCUUGACCCCCAAAGGGAGCAAGACCUUUACCGUAGUUUUGAGGCUGAGUUCCUAGCCAAUACACAGCAGACCAGAGGAGGGCCUACUAGAACAUCAGGAGCAGCUCCCCUGCAGAUGCCUUCCUCCACAAACUCUCAACUGGGGGUUGAUACGCUCACAGUACCAGCCACCGCUGAUCCAAAUGUGACUGACUCUGCCUAUUCCUCCUCCAACUCCUCCACCUCCUCGUUGAUUGUAGGGGCAAAGAUUGGAGCUCUUCCUGACCUCAGGGAAUCCAAGAGAACUAAUCUCCGUCACUACCCACUGGAGGAUCCCUUGAAUAUACUGCAUGGCCACUGUCCAGGAGGACUGCACAAUGGCGGACAGGGAGAGUGUGAGCGUUGGGGUGAGCGAGGAGGUGGACUCAGAAAACUUCCAGCCAUCUCCAGCUCCAUGGAGGAGAGGGAGCUCUUGUGUAUCCUGCCUGGCCUCAGAGAGACAGAACCAUCUUCAGCCAAACUGAUGAAUCAGGUCCCCUCAGAACCUCCUUUCCACUCUAUGAACAGGAUUGGAGAUAUUGGAGGUUGUCCUCCUUCAGGGCUGCAGGUUGGCCAAAAGGGUGAGCUUCACUGGGCCUCAGAGGGAGACGUUCCGCUGGAGGAUCACCAACCAAAUUUACCCUAUGAUCUGGAGGAUGGUGAGCUCAAUGAUGAGCUUCCUCCCCCAGAGGCCUGCCCCUCACCUGUGGCCCUGCCCCCCUCUGAAGACUGCUCCUUCCAGGACUCCUCGAGUGAAAACUCUUCCAUGUGCUUCAGUCUGAGUGAAUCACGUUCUGAAUCUUCUCCCCCACCUGUGCCCCUUGCCAAUGGGGAGACUGACGAAGAAGUGGUCUUGCGGCAAAAGAAAGGGCAGAAGAAGGCAGACAGGGUCCCCUCAAUCUACAAGCUCAAGCUAAGACCCAGGAUGAGACCUCGCACUGACAAUAGGCCAGAAAACAGCCCCUCACGCAUCCCCACCCCAGUCAGCUACAGGGAUCUGCAGGCACACAAAAACCUCUCCCCCCAUCAUACCCCACCACUAUCCCCCCAGAGCUCCCACUCUAAUGGUCACCCAGCCUCACACAAGGGCCUUCACCACGCCUUUGCAGAUCUGAUCCACUCCCAGCCACGCUCACCAGCUAUGGGCAACAAAAAAUGCUCCUACCCUGGACAAACAGAGAGCCUGGAAACUGAAGCCUGGAUGUAGCACAAAACUGAUUAGUAUGACACCAGAAGGAUCUGUUUGUCACAAGGACACCGACUACUGUGUAAAAAUAAGAUUGAGACCAGGCUAUCGACUGUUGUCUUUGCAUGUCACAUGUUCCUUUUCCUCCAUUUUUCCAUUUAGUUUGGCCCUCUAUAGCUGUAGGGCCUUCCAAUGUUUUUUGCACUCAAGCCAAACUAUUUAUUACCAAAGGAAUGAUCUGUAAUAUUAGUUUUACUUUUAUUUUAAUUAUUGCAUAGGGAUGAUUUUGCCAAUCAAAAGGUAUUAUAUUUAAGACAUUUGUGACAAGUUCAUGACUGCUGUAGCAGCAGAGAGAGAGCAAGAAGGCCAUCACACACUGCCAUCAGUUGAUGUGAGUAAAGAAGAAUGCUCCUACUCAUUUCAAUAUAAAACCUCCACACUGGCAGCGUCUAGCCUUGAGUCGAUGCACAUAUACUUGACGAGCUGUGACUCCCGAAGUCAGUGUUCAGUUCCCAGGUAUCGACGCUCCAACAAACUUGUGUUUUCCAAAUGAAAAUGUUUCUGCUGGUUUUGCAGAACAGUGCUAAAUCCAGCACCAAAUAGUGUGUGCUACAGUUAACGCAUGACUUGAGUCAUUUGACUUGCCACUCUGUUUCUGCAGUGCUGUGUGAUGGUAGAGAAAGACAGAGAAAGAAGGAAAGAAUGAUGGAUGGAGCAUACGUACAGCAAUGUGCUACUCAGAGGGGCAUCACAAUGUAACAGCAACAAGAGGAUAACCUUUUAGACAGUGAACACUAAAAAUACAUCAGAUAGAUUAGCUCCCUCUUCUGGUUAGCUACGCCACACACACUUGCCUUGGUAGUCAAAAUACAGGUUAGAUGGCUGUAAUAGCACUCAAUGUCAUUCAGAAGUGGUUGGUAGUUGAGUCUAUUUUUGGCACAAAUACUCAAUUCUACAGUAUAUGUACAACAGACUGGAGUAACUUCUCUCUUUCAGACUUUAUUCACACUUGCUAUUCCAUAUGUGCACACUACAAAUCUCCACCCAUAAUGUACUGUCUGCUGUCAUUAUAUAUGUUGUCACCUCUUCACAGCCAAUCGAUGUAGUCUAAAUAGAGGAUGUUUGUUAUUAAGUUUUUAGAGGAGUCCCAAGUUUUUAACAGUUUUUUUAACAAUUGUUUUGAAUGCAGUAAGAUAUCACUAUAGUUUUGUUUUCUACUGCAGUUUUGGUAGAAUUAUAUUGCUGUGUCAUUGUCACUGAAAGAGUAAUGUUGAAUCCGUUCUUCAACAAUACUCUACCCUGGAAUUGAGCACUAAAUAUAUAUGUGCAAAAGUCAAAUGUUUAAGAAAAUUAAUGUGUAAAUACGUGUAUAUGUGCAUAUGUAUAUGUAUACUCACAGAAAAAUAUGGGUAUUAUGUAUAUAACAGGUAUUGGAUAUAUAUUGUACAUAUUCACUGAAUCAACUUCUGUGCUGCCUUAGCUAUGCAAUACUGGUAUUGGAAUGCCUUGACAAUUCCCUUGGCCUUAAAAUGUGUUUGCAGGUUGGUUAUGAAAUGUUUUUCCCCCUGCGUCAGUGAGAUCUAAUCAGAAACAUUACAUUGCCAUCAUCUUCACUUUCUGUAAAAUACAACAUUGACAGUUUGUUUGAAUUAGAAUGUGAGGGAAAUGUGGAAAAUGUUAUCCAUAUGGAUAUAAACAAUACUUGAUAAACACGAACAUGAUAAAGAUACCGAUGAGUUAUGUCACUGAAUCCUAGCAUUGCAGUCUAAUCCUGAGCGUACCAACGACUAUUGAUGUAUUUUGAACUACAUAAAGCCAAAUAAUCCAGAGAAGGAGUGACAGAUUUACGUUGUUCAGUUUUAUGUGAGAAGUUAUGGGGACACCUAGUGGCCGAGGAAAAAGCAGGUCGACUUCAUAUAGCACAUUUAGCACGGGGACAUGAUAAUUAAUGUACAAUGUCCAAUUGUUGGACUGACGUCUUCCCAUGCUUGUUGAUUUGGAGCCAGUAGUAAUGGUAUUAUUAUAUUUAAUUGCGAAGGAGAAGAAAUUGUUUUGACUUGACUGUUUGGGGGAUAGAAUGUGAAUCAUAGAGAGUGUAAUGGAUGUUAAGGAUCCUUUGUUUAACUCUUACCCAGUUGUCAUCAAUAUAGGGAAAGAGUCUAACAGGGAUGGACUUUGUGAAGUGUUUUUGAAGGUGGGUAUGUGAGAACUAUAUUGUCAUUGACCUGCAACCCCCCCCC